UGAGUGACUUUCACCAAGUAGAACAAACAAGAUCACCCUAAAGGCUUUACCAACACCAAGCCAGUAAAGUAACCAGUGAAAGCCAUUCUCAAAUUUGUGACCAAUGGACCCAAGUUUCGAGAGAGGAACUCUCUUGGUCUACAACAAUGGUUUGAGUUCCAGUCUCUAAUUUCUUCCUUCUCAAAUACUCUGAUCUCCACCCAAGGGACAAUAUUCGAUGAGAUGCGGCCAUUUUCUUGGUUAGCAGUCGUUCAGAAGCAAGAAAAUGUCAUAGUGGUAGAAUACAGCAUCAUCCUCAACAGCAAGCCCAUCGCUGGAAGCUCCCAGAUCAUUGUACCAAUCAAGUGAAGGAGGGACUUUCAUUUAGAAAAUCUUAUGUGAACCUUAUUUGAGAAACGUGCCAGCCUACCUCUUUGAUUCUUUAGCCUUACUAUUUCUGAUACUUUGGUGCUACUGCCUUUUAGGGAGCCUGAAGCAGCCAAGACAUGACUCACAGCAUGGAGGAACCCAUAGAGAUGUUUGAAGACAUUAACCUCACUCUUGGCAUGCUAAACAAGGAAGAUAAAGUUAACAAGGAAGACAUUUACAGUCAUCUCACUUCUGUUAUUGAGAAUACUGACAUCUUAGAUGAUGCAAUUAUCCAACGAUUGGUUUAUUAUGCUUCUAAGGACAUGAGAGAUGAAAAUAUUCUCAGAGAAAUCAGAAUGCUAGCUGGUGAGGUUUUGGUGUCUCUUGCUGCACAUGAUUUCAACUCAGUGAUGUACGAAUUACAAAGUAACUUCAGGAUCCUAGAGCUACCAAAUGAAUUUGUUGUGCUUGCCCUAGCUGAACUGGCAACCAGCUAUGUGUCCCAGAGUAUUCCCUUCAUGAUGAUGACCCUGCUCACCAUGCAAACCAUGCUCAGGCUGGCUGAGGAUGAAAGGAUGAAGGAAACCUUCUGUAUUGCCCUUGAGAAGUUUAGCAAGGCCAUUUACAAGUAUGUGAACCACUGGAGAGAUUUCCCCUAUCCCAGAUUGGAUGCCAACCGACUAUCUGACAAGAUCUUCAUGCUGUUCCGGUAUAUAAUGGAGAAAUGGGCACCCCAGGCCUCGCCCAUGCAUACUGUGAUCAUUGUUAAGGCUCACGGCCCCACAGUGAGCCUGCUGCUACAUCGGGAGGACUUCUGCGAAUAUGCCCUAAGCCAGGUGCCCUGGCUCCUGAACCAAUAUAAAGAAAAAGAGAUUGAUUUUCAUGUCACUCAGAGUCUAAAACAAAUACUGACUGCAGCAGUUCUUUACAACAUUGGCCUUCCAAAGAGCUUGAAAAGAUCCAUCUUUAUUAAUUUACUCCACCAGAUCUGCAGAGGUCCAGAGCCUCCAGUAAAGGAAAAUGAAAUUGAAGCUUCAAGCUGUUUCCUCAUUCUAGCCCAUUCCAACCCUGCAGACCUGAUGGAAUUUUUUGAUGAACAAAUAAGAACUAAUAAUGAAGACAUUCGAAUAGGAAUCUUGACUCUGUUAAGAUCGGCUAUCAAUACUGAGGAGCCCAAGUUGAGGGAUCACAUCAUUUCAAUCGAAAAAAUAGUCAAAGUCGUCAUGGCUGAUCUCGGUACAAAAGUAAGGAACUCCACUCUUCUCCUAAUCCAAAGCAUGUGUGAAAAGUGCUACAUUGAAGCUCGGGAAGGAUGGCCAUUGAUUGAUUAUGUCUUCUCCCAAUUCACAAUGUCGAACAAGAAUCUGGAGAAACUAGUAAAAACUAACUCCCAUGAGAAUGAAAAGGGAGAGAAAUCGGUCCGAGAAACAACCUUAGAAGUCUUAAAAACCUUGGACCCGCUGGUCAUUGGAAUGCCUCAGGUGCUAUGGCCAAGAAUCCUGACUUUUGUGGUACCUGCGGAAUAUACAGAAACUCUGGACCAUCAAUUUAAUAUCAUCAGAAUUCUGCUUAUGGCAGAGGAGAGGAAGAAACAUAGUGCCAAGGGGUCAACAGCACUUGUCAUCUCUACAGGAGCUGUGAAACUUCCUUCGCCACAGCAGCUACUGGCCAGACUUCUGGUAAUAUCCAUACUUGCCAGUUUAGGGAAAUUACGUGGGGCUAGUGCAAUAGGACUUUUGAAGAUAUUGCCUGAGAUAAUUCACCCAACAUUGGUAGACCUAUGGAAAACACGCUUACCUGAACUCCUGCAACCUCUGGAAGGAAAAUACACCAGUAUUAUGCUAUGGGAAACCAUGCUGCUUCAGUUGCUCAAAGAAUCCUUAUGGAGGAUCAAUGACACAGCCUGGACCAUUCAACUGAGUCGGGAUUUCAGCCAGCAAAUGGACAGUUACAGCAACACCUCCAUUGAGAAGAAAUUCCUUUGGAAAGCCUUGGGAACCACCUUAGCAUUCUGCCAAGAUACAGACUUUGUAAGCUCUCAAAUUAAGGAGUUCCUAGUUGCUCCCAAGCAACUGGGAGAUCAAAGACAGGGAAUAGCAUCUAUAUUAGGACACUGUGCUGAGAACCACUUGGAUAUUGUUUUAAGAGUUCUUAAAGCAUUCCAAAAUCAGGAAAAGUUUUUCAUCAAUCGAUGUAAGAGUGUGUUUUCUGGGAAAAAAAGCCUGACCAAGACAGAUGUGAUGGUCACCUAUGGAGCAGUAGCCCUCCAUGCUCCCAAGAAGCAGCUUCUCAGCAGACUCAAUCAAGACAUCGUGUCACAAGUCCUGUUUCUUUAUGGCCAGUGCUCUCAGGUUCUGGGAAUGUCUGUGAUGAACAAGGACAUGGAUCUGCAAAUGAGUUUCACAAGAAGCAUCACUGAGAUUAGCAUUGCUGUCCAAGACGCUGAGGAUCAGAGUUUUCAGUUUUCCUACAAGGAGUUGCUAAUCGGUUACAUGCUGGACUUCAUUAGGGACGAGCCCUUGGAUUCUUUAGCCAGUCCUGUUCGGUGGAAAGCUUUAAUUGCCAUUAGAUACCUCAGCAAACUGAAACCUCAGCUUUCACUAAUUGACCACCUCAACAUUCUUGAAGAGAAUAUUCGGAGGCUAUUGCCCCUUCCACCUCUGAAAAAUCUGAAAAAUGAGGGCCAGACAGACCGGGACAAGGAGCACAUUAAAUUUCUCUAUGAACGAUCCAUGGAUGCUCUAGGAAAACUUCUGAGGACCAUGAUGUGGGAUAAUGUGACUGCAGAAGACUGUCAAGAGGUGUUUAAUCUUCUCCGAAUGUGGCUUGUUUCACAAAAAGAGUGGGAAAGAGAAAGAGCCUUCCAGAUCACUGCAAAAGUGCUGACAAAUGAUAUUGUGGCACCAGAGAACUUUAAAAUUGGUUCACUCCUCGGGCUUCUGGCUCCUCACACCUGUGACACCUUACCUACUAUCCGUCAGGCGGCGGCUAGCUCGGCUAUUAGUCUGUUCUGUAUAAAAGGCAUUCACCUGGAAGUAGAAAGACUGCAGGAUUUGCAGGAAGGACUGGAAAGCGAUGAUGUGCAGGUCCAAAUCAAGCUUUCUUCUAAAAUAGCUAAGAUUGUCAGUAAAUUCAUCCCAAAUGAAGAAAUUCAGAUGUUCCUGGAGGAAACACUGGAUGGUCUGGAGAGCCUCAACCCCAUGUGUACAAAGGCCUGUGGCAUAUGGAUGAUUGCUGUCCUGAAGGAGCACGGAGAUGCCCUGAAAGAUCAGUUAUUGGUGAUCUUGAACACAAUCUACUAUCACAUGCCAGUCCUCAGACAAAAUGAGGAAAGUUUUCAGUUUAUACUAGAAGCCAUCUCCCUCAUAGCCAGCUUUAACAUGGAUGCAGUUGUUGCCAACCUUUUACAGAAGCCUCUGCCCUUCGACAGAGACACAAAGACAUUGUGGAAGGCAUUGGCUCAAAACCCAGCUUCCAGUCAUAAACUCAUGCGAGCCUUAGUAGACAAACUGGAGGCUGAGUUGGAAGAUGACAUCGCCAGGAUUGAGGCAAUAUCAGUGGCCUGCGCUAUGUAUGAAAUGAUCUCAACAGGCAUCUCUGUCACUAGCUUAUAUCCAGAAUUGUUCACUCUCCUCCUGAAGCUGGUCAGCUGCACGCUGGGACAGCAGAUGCCUACCUGGAACCACAGGCGACGUGUGAUGCAGCAGGGAGAGCUGCAGCAGAUCCCAGACCCUUGCAGGCUCUCGAUGGCUACUCUGAAAUGUUUGCAAUCCCAAGCCAUGAGAGAAGGCCUUGCCAAGGAAUCCGAUGAGGGAGACAACUUAUGGACCCUACUCAGCAGUCCCAGAACUCAUCACAUAGGAGUAUGUGCACUGGCCAGGACCAUGGCAGUGUGGCAAUAUGGAGUCAUCCUGGGAAUCAUGGAACAGCUACUCUCCUCACUCACCUCCUCCUCGGAGAACUACCGGAUAACCGGCACAGCUUUCUUCUCAGAGCUCAUGAGGGAGCCAAUCCUUUGGAAGCACGGGAAUCUGCAAGAUGUGCUGAUCUUGAUGGAUCAGAGUACCUGGGACUCCAACGCCAUUCUAAGGCAGUUGGCCAUCCGAGGACUUGGCAACACAGCGACUGGGGCCCCUCACAAGGUGAAGAAGCAUAAGCAGAUAAUGUUAGAAUCUAUCAUCAGAGGCCUGUAUCACCUGGCCCGCACCGAAGUCGUCUGUGAAAGCUUGAAGGCUCUACAAAAGAUCUUGGAGCUGCUCACAGACCGAGAUGUGAGCUUCUACUUCAAAGAAAUAGUGCUGCAAACAAGAACCUUCUUUGAAGACGAGCAGGAUGAUGUGAGACUGACUGCCAUCUCCUUAUUUGAAGAUCUGGCAUCCCUAUCAGGAAAAAAGUGGAAGAUUUUUUUUGCUGAGGAAAUUAAAAAGAGCCUGAUUUCAUUCCUUCUUCACAUCUGGGAUCCCAAUCCCAAGAUUGGAGCUGCUUGCCGUUAUGCCUUGAUCAUCUGCAUCCCUUUUCUGGGACUUCAGGAACUCUAUGGGGUAUUAGACCAUCUCCUUGAUCAGGAUCUACCACGGGCCAGGGAUUUCUACAGGCAAUUCUGUGUGAAACUGGCAAAGAAAAACCAAGAGGUUCUGUGGAUCCUCCAUACACACUCCUUCCCCUUCUUCGCCAGCAGCUGGGAGAUUAUCAGGAGCACAGCUGUCAAACUCACAGAUGCCAUUGUUUUCAAUCUGUCCAACGAAUAUGUGGAGUUAUUAGACAAGGAUGAACUGACCACACGGCUCCAAGCACUUCGGUUAGACCCCUGUAUCAGUGUCCAAAGAGCAGCUGAAGCUGCCUUGCAGACCUUGCUGAGAAGGUGUAAGGAGAUAAGCAUUGCUCUGUAAAGCAUCAGGAAAUAAACCACUAAGCUUUUUCUA